AUGUUGCCGCACAAGACCACCUAUACAGUUUAUGAGAUUGUUGAGAAGUAUACUUCCUUGGUGGUGAUCAUUUCCUCUAAUAUUGAUUGCGAUGUGGAAGACUAUUCGGUUCCUAUCAUUUUGGGUGGUACAAUCAAGGUGGAACGGUGGAGGGAUAUCCCACUG